UUCCAAAUAAAAACUGGUGGUGCUGUAUAUGCUCUGCUGUAACCUGUUGACAGAGGGCAGUACACGCCUCAGGAAAUUCAGUAAAUUCAUGAUCUCUUACACCUGAUCUUAGUCAAGAGACUCUUCCUUCCCCUUCUUCCCUUCCUCUUGUCUAAUGUUAGGCUCCCCUGAUUUUCCAGUCCCCUGUUUUAGAUUCCACGUCUUAGGGAAGGCAUCGAGCCAGAUCUAGUCUCUGCCUGCAGAUCGGCGGCUGCUGGAGAGAAAGUUCCAGGGCAUUUGUCCUUGUUCAAGUGACUUUUCCCUGCCUUUGGCCUUUGCAUUCACCCUGCUGUUCCUUACUCCGUUCACCAAAAGUAAGGACAAAGAAGGUUGUGCACGGCAGCACUGGACGUCACUAGCAGCUGUGAAGAGGUGCUGCUGCGGAUGCACUCGGUCGGGAUCUGCGGCUCCGAUGUCCACUACUGGCAGCACGGUCGCAUUGGGGAUUUCAUUGUGAAGAAGCCCAUGGUGCUGGGGCAUGAGGCUUCGGGGACAGUUGUGAAAGUGGGGUCAUCGGUGAAGCACCUGAAGCCAGGUGACCGCGUUGCCAUUGAGCCUGGGGCCCCCCGAGAAACGGAUGAAUUCUGCAAGGUGGGGCGGUACAACCUGUCCCCGACCAUCUUCUUUUGUGCUACGCCCCCUGACGACGGGAGCCUCUGCCGCUUCUACAAGCACAGCGCCAGCUUCUGCUACAAGCUGCCCGACAGCGUCACCUUCGAGGAAGGGGCCCUGAUCGAGCCGCUCUCCGUGGGGAUCCACGCCUGCCGGCGUGGCGGAGUCUCCCUGGGGAACAAGGUCUUCGUGUGCGGAGCUGGGCCAGUGGGGCUGGUCACCUUGGUCGUGGCCAAAGCGAUGGGCGCAGCAGCAGUGGUGGUGACUGAUCUGUCCGCCUCUCGGCUGUCCAAAGCCAAGGAAGUGGGGGCAGACUUCAUCCUCCAGAUCUCCCAGGAGAGCCCCCAGGAAAUCGCCCGCAAGGUGGAAGGGCUGCUGGGGUGCAAGCCAGAAGUCACCAUCGAGUGCACCGGGGCCGAGAGCGCCACCCAGGCGGGCAUCUACGCCACUCGCUCUGGGGGCACCCUGGUGCUCGUGGGGCUGGGCGCCCAGAUGACCAACGUGCCCCUGGUGCAUGCAGCCAUCCGCGAGGUGGACAUCAAGGGCGUGUUUCGAUACUGCAACACGUGGCCAAUGGCAAUUUCCAUGCUUGAGUCCAAGUCUGUGAAUAUAAAGCCCUUAGUCACCCAUCGCUUUCCUCUGGAGAAGGCUCUGGAGGCCUUUGAAACAUCCAGAAAGGGAGUGGGGUUGAAAGUCAUGCUCAAGUGCGACCCCAACGACCAGAAUCCCUGAUGCGAGUCGGGCUGCACCUCACCCCACCUCCUCACGACAUCUCAGGGCUCAGCAGUUGGGCAGAAGCCAUCUCCAGGUGAAGCCGACCUUCUCUUGGAACAGGAUGAACAGUACCACAGGGCUGGGUGGUGACUCAGGCUUGGUGCUUGCUUAGCAGGGGUUCCUCCCUAGUCCUAGCGAAAAAUAAAAAAAUUAAAAAUAAGUAAAAA